UUAUUAUCAGUAACGACGUAUAGCUCGAUCUAUCCAUCAGAUAUCGGUUGCUUUCGUCUUCUCGCUCCGAGUUGUUCCGCGGUGAGUUUGACUGGCAUUCCGUCCGCCAGUAGCAACUCGUAGAUUGACGUAGACACUCGUAGGAGUCAUAGGUAACCGAGGAACGUCGUCAUCGUCGUCGUCGACCCGUGGAGUUGCACUGUGCUGCACUCUACUGCACCCUCUUUUUUUCUUUCUCUGACGCGCAUUCACCGUUCACCGCGUGUCCUGGGACUCCUGGAGUGCAAAAAGUGCGAGCGAAUCGCAAAUCACUGAAAAAAAGAGAGUCCUCUCCUGAGAAGCUUCUUGGACUAUAUGAUUACUGAGCUGCCAUUUAGCGGCUAAAAUUGGCGAAUUGAAGAAGAAGAGAGAGAGAUCGGACAAAUCCACCUGGUCUCCCCAAGAUCUCUCUUUCGGAAAUUCAUAUAAGCCUUUUAAGAAGAUCUCCCUACAUCCUGCGAUCCCGACGAACGUCAUCAGUACCCUGAGACCGUAUCUCUUUCGCUCGACACGAUGGAUAUCGACGCCGACACCUGUCUCAAGGAAUGGAACGAUUUGGUGCAAGACUACAAGGAACUCGAGGCACUAAAUAGGGAAUAUAUUUUGAAAUUAGAAGAAAUUGGCGAGUUGCAAGCAAAAUGCGUCAAAGGUAUCUCUCAUCAGAAAUAUCGAAUGGGUGUAAUAUCCAAGUCCUUAAAACAGCUAAAUACAAAAGAAACACAAGAAGAAUUGCAAAAAUCUAUGAUGAGGAGAGAACAGCAGCUCAGGGAGAUUGAGCAAACGUUACCUAAAUCAAACGGCAUUUACUUACAAAUUAUUCUAGGCAGUGUUAAUGUCUCCAUAUUAAAUAAAAGUGACAAAUUCAAAUAUAAAGAUGAAUAUGAGAAAUUCAAAUUAGUGCUGUCAGUAAUUGGAUUUGUAUUAUCUGUAUUAAAUCUAUUUACCAAUAUAAGAACCUUAGAACUUAGUUUUAUGUUUCUUCUCGUUUGGUACUAUUGUACAUUAACGAUAAGAGAAAGUAUACUCAAGGUAAAUGGAUCAAGAAUUAAAGGAUGGUGGAGAUUCCAUCAUUUUCUCUCAACAGUGAUAUCCGGUGUUCUACUAGUCUGGCCAAAUACUGGACCGUGGUAUCAGUUUCGUAACCAAUUCAUGUGGUUCAAUGUGUAUAUCAGUGUAGUUCAGUAUUUGCAAUUUCGGUACCAACGUGGCGUUUUGUAUCGGUUAAAAGCACUAGGAGAAAGGGACAAUAUGGACAUUACCAUCGAGGGAUUUCAUUCGUGGAUGUGGCGCGGUCUCUCAUUUCUGCUGCCGUUUCUCUUCGCUGGUUAUUUGUUUCAACUUUAUAACGCGUAUACGUUAUAUGAACUAGCAUACCAUUUGGAGGCGACAUGGCACGUACCAGUGCUUAGCGCCAUGUUCCUCGUACUAUUUCUGGGUAAUACUACCACCACCAUCAUGGUAAUCCCACAGAAACUCGUUAAGGAUCGCGUUAAGGAUCAACUGUUCACUUUUAAACCCGAUCGCAGGAAAGAGGGAAGAACACGAGAUAAAGACAAUAAAGAUGAAAAAAGUGAGUGAAGGAAGAAUUUCAAGCUGAUGAAAAGUUCGACUUAAUUAUAUGGAAAAUAAAUUGGAGAAAAAAUUACAAAGACAAGAUGAAUAUGCUAUAAAAUGGUGUUGGUGUUGGCUCUAAAAUAUAACGAACUUUGUUGCGUUUAGCAAUGGAAAUAAUACACAUAUACACAUACACGCAUACAUGAUGUGAGUGACUUUGAUCACAAAUAAAGAAGUUUCUGCGUA